GCCAACAUUUCUCUGUUGUCGUCAUCAACAUCCAACGCAUGAGAGGACCUGCAUAAUAAAUAUUACAUUGUUGUUCAAUUGCUGUAACUAACUUUCUGGUUUAUAAUGUCAACAUACACAACUAUCCAGUUACCGCUUUGGGAUGGUGGCAAGCUGAAAAUUCGCUUUAUAUACUUGUCAAAUAGAAGCUCUUUCAAAGUAACGAGCUGUCCUGUCGAGGGACCAAUGGUUCCUCUCUUUUUAGGGGCUGAUCUCUUCUCAAACACUGAUAUCCGCACAGAGAACCAUCCCAGAUAUCAUGCAAAGUUUGCAAAGAAAGGAUUGGCAACUAAACUACAUUUCUCCUCAGCAUUUAGAGUCCAUGGCCUGAGGGUACCCACUGCCAACAAUUGCCUGUGGUUCUACAGCAUCCAAGGUGUUUUUCGAGUGGCCUUUGAAAUGUAUAGUAAACAAGAGCAGCUUUCUGUGUUGGAGAACUUUCAGGAGGUAUGGAAGUCCCGCCUAAAUGACAUCCCACUAAAGAUGAACUACAACCUGAGUGUUCAGCUGGAUCCUCCGCCACCCCAGAUCGUUGUGGAGAUGUACGACCAAGACCUAAAGCUCAAACUGAUGUCCCGGAAUCCCCAAGGUUACCCAUCUCAAUCUGUGGAAAUUCCUGAGGCUGACACAGGCCCUUCAGGUGACACUUCAGCAGACCAUGAUUACUGCUUUCUGCCAAAUGAGAGUAUGCCAGCACAGCCAGUCCAUCUAUGUCCCUCCAUCUUAAGUCAAAAACUGCAGGGCUUGGAGGCAAAGCUGAGCUCUGAGAAACAGCUGGGGACCGACCAGCAGGAGACCAUCCUGCUUCUGUUGGAGAGCAUUGAGCGCUGUGUGAGCAGGCCACUGGAGGAGGGGGAUGUGGCAGACACUGUACUAGCUCUGCUAGAGGCUCGGAAAUGGGGCUCUGUGUACUCCAGCCACCUGCUUCACUCCAUAGGCUGCUGGCUUGGCCAGCAGUUCCAUGCAGCCAACAGUAGUAUCAGCCAGCAGGUAGAGUGCUUCAAGGUGCGGCACAUAGAGCGAAUCACAGAUCUGCCACCUGCAGAGGAACUAGCCUCAGAGCUUUUUCCAGAGGCAAUGCGAACACUGCUGCUCCACUGGAUGGGUCUGAGUGAUGACUCAACCCUGUGGAAGAGACAGAGCGAGUACCCUAUCCUGCUCCUAAUCCUGGAGUUUGCCAACCACAACCUCAUCACUGGUGUUGCACAUGUGCUUUACUCAAGUCUUAAGGUGAAUUUAGAUCUAGCUGACUCAAAAGAGUUAAGUACUGUAGAAAGUAAAACUACUGUUGUAAAAAACUACUCAAGUAAAAGUAAAAAGUAGUUCAUUUAAAAAGUACUCUGAGUAAAAAUAAGUUACUUUUAAAAUAAAAACAUAGAACUAAUUUGAUAAUUAGGUAUUUUCUCUACCUGAAUGUUGUUACCAUAGAGAUCAUGUUGAAUUUCUAUUAUUAGUAUUCUAAUUCCUAAUUUGUUACACAUUAUCUUUUCCAUGCAAUAACUUUAAAAGGAUGAGGGGAAUUGAAUGUACAGUUGGAACUACUGUAUGUUCAACAGAUCUGUAAACCUCAGAGGGUCGUCACUAGUUAACACAGCCACAAAGUCAUAAACCCCGCCUAUUUCUCGAUUUAAAAUCACAUUUUAAAC